GCUGCGCACGUGCAGAUGGAGACGCAGGAACCCGUCUGACCCCCACCUGGUCGUCUUCCGCUUUGUCGUCACGAGAUGUGGUAACAUAACACCGUACUAGUCAAAGAUGGCCGCACUGCCAGCAGACUUCUAUGACAAUGCGCCUGUAGUGCCUGUGCUCUUGUUGGGCGAUGCGGGCGUGGGAAAAAGCACGUUUCUAUCUCGCUUGAGAGUUGGACAUGAGUAUCGUGGACCAUUGCCGCAGCUGCGCGAUCUUGACCAGCCAUUCGCAUUCAACAUUCGCAUGUAUAACCGUCCGUACCGCUUCGAAUUCUACGAUACCGCAUCGCCCGAACACUACACCUUACUGAAACCUGCUAUGCUCGUACUCUGCUACGACAUUGGGAAUCCCUCCUCACUUGCCAGCCUUCACGAGAAGUGGAAAGAAGUCGUCGAAGUCCACUUCAAUUACGACGAGUCGUUACCGGUAGUCGUACUAGGCUUGAAAAGAGAUGUUCGGCAGAAGGAAGACUAUGAUGGGCAUGUCCGCCAGCUCGCCGCUGGAGAAAACGAUGAAGACGAGGGUGCAGUGCUCAAUGGUAGGACCAUUGUAUAUCCGCAAGAAGGACUGCGCAUCGCUCAAGAGAUGCGCUGUGACCAGUACUGCGAGUGCGCGGCGCUGACAGGAGAGUUGUGUCGUGAGGUCAUUGAGGAUCUUUCUCGAAGAGCAGCCAAGACUACUACUGCGAAAGGAGGAAGAACUCAGGGCAUGCAAUGUGUAGUCUCUUAAUCGUCCUUAAGGUGACAGUACUCGUCCCAUCGAAGCCACAAUACGAGAAGGACCAGGAGCGCAAACAUGGCCGGAGGUCCGUCCCAAAGAGCUUCGGGUCACUAUCUAAAAGAUAUCUAUUCGCUAUUCGAAAGAUAUCUAUUCGAUCGUACUCAAGACAGUAACGACGAGACCAGCGAUACCUACUCAUUAAGCUACAUAAACGUCGGAAAGCGUCGUUCAUUCAAUCAG